AUGCUGCCCGACCCGGUCGUGCCCGGGGUAGCGCUGGCUAGCGCUCCCCAGCCUCCAACAAGCCACCAAGCGCGCCGUUUGGCUGUCCAAGACCCCACUUCGGCCUCACCCGGCCCUCAAGCGCGCCGUUUGGCUGCGGAAGACCUGGCGAUUGUUGUUUCGGCACCCGGUAGGGCGGCAGGCAUGCUGCCCGACCCGGUCGUGCCCGGGGAAGCGCUCGCAGCCGCCACGGCUCGCGCUCUGGGUGUUGCCCAUGGCCCCAGCGACCUCGAGGGCGUCCUUAGCGACGACGAGGACGCCUUGGACGACCCCGUCGACGCUGCCAGCCCCUCGGAAGUCCUGGCGAGUGUGUUGCCUUCACCCGAAAGGGCAGGUGGCAUGCUCAGCGAGCGCGACGAGGGCGCGUCAGCACAGGAGCUCAGCCUCCCAACCCAUGCUCGGCCUACUGCUAGCCAGCAAGCCCCUGUGCUGACGGUGUACGCGCACAACACCGCUGCAUUCUAUUGCGCGGUAUGUGUGCACACCUGUCGCGACCUCGCCGCGCUCCGCAGAUCAUCGUCGCACAGCGCACCGUGA